AUGAUCAAGCCAUGGAGUUCAGGCGUUUUGGCUACGCUGCUGCUUUCAGUGACCAGCAGCAGCGAUGCUUUUGUGGUUCCUCAUCAGGGCCGUGAUGUUGGUGUUUCUGUUGGCAUGACGAGUUUGUUUGACUUUUGCAAUGAGCCAUUGGGAGGCAAAGACAGCGACGCUCGUUUGGACGAACAGUGGAGGAACAAUCAAGAUAUCAUGGAGUCUCGUCGUCGCAGACAAUUCUUUCACGAUGGCAGCACUCUGGAGCUUAAUGGGUCUUACAGUGUCUUGGGAACCACGCAGUUGCCAGAAGUUCUCUCCUCCUACACAAUGCCACCACCUGACAUGAUACCACCUCCAGAACAUUUCUAUAGGGGAUACCAUCCCGGUGAACAGUAUAGCCCGGCUUUCUCCUUUCAGCAUGACCACGUCUCUGCCAACAUGAACAACCGUGUCAUGGCCGGUGAUCCACAGAGGUACUGGUAA